GAGACAGACGCUCUGGACGAGGGUGCGCGCAGGGCCGCCGCGGCAGUUGAGGCUGUCAAGGCUUUGCAAGGCGAUAACAGAGCUGCGAUGAGGGACUUGAAUGGCGCAUCUACUUCCUUCAUCGUCAGUGAGGUCAAGAGCCCACCGGCGCAUGUUGUUUCGAUGGCACCUGUGGCUGAGGGCAAGGAUGACAAGGCCAUAGCCUCUGCUGUGCAAGCUUCGAACGAGGAGCCGACAGCCAACUCGAUGGACCAAAAGCUUGCGGACGUUAAGGAUGCGAGCAAGGAUGGCAACGAGGAUGUCCCCGCUGCAGCUGCACUCACUGCUGCUGAGACCAAAUCCAAGACGAAACCGGAGGACGCGAAAGCAGCAAAGGUCGCCGAGAAGCUGCGUAAAUGCAAGGUGAAGGAAGCCGAGAAGAAGCGCCACGCCGAAGAGAAGCGUGCCGCCAAGGAGGACGCGAAGCGACGCAAGCAGAACGCAAUAGACGAGACACAACGGAAGAUGCAGUUCGCCAAGGCGGAAGCGACACGCAAGAAGCAGCUUGCCAAGGAAGAAGUUGACAGAAAGAAGGAAGAGGUGCGCAAGGUCAAAGAUAAGAAGCGCGCGGAGGCCAAGCGCGCAAAGUCGAUGAAGAAUGACAAGCGCGAGUCGGCGGCGGCGAUUGUUACGCCGGCCGAACACAAGGACACACCCGACACCGACGCCGAUACCGACAGCAAGACCGCAGAGGCUGUCGCCUUUAAUGCUUCCGGAGAUGCCGCGGCCGCUAGAGCCGCCCAAAAAGAUGCGCAAAGGACAAUAGGUACCCCUGCCGCAGGAGAAAAUGCUCAGACGAUACCAACUGCGAAGUUCGUCAGCGAGCCUCGCAAGGAUGAGAAGGCGGCUGAAUCGGCCAAUGCCCCCGCUGUGCUUGCCGUACCACCUAACACAGAAAAUUCCGUUCAGGCGCCAGCGCCUGUCAAUCACACAGAUCCCUACGCCUCUCUGGAUGCCCACAAGGUCGCAAAAGAGCCAUCCUCCGAGGCGGAAGACGAAGCUGCCGAUGCCUCUAGUGCAGCGACCGCAACUGCAGCUGCAGCGGGCACGGUUCAUGAGCAUGAGAAGGAGGCCGAGCCUGAAGCCUCCACCAAGGCUGCUGAAGAAGGGAAAGCCAACGAUACAAUCCUGGAUGGUGCUACCCUGGCUGUUGGUGCGAAGAUUUGGCACAAGGUCGCCGAGAACUUGGGGAAAAAGACAGAAAUGCCGGCUGCUGAUGAGGCAGCAGACCAGGAGCGCACCGCAGAUAUGCUCGAUUUUGCUGCAGGCAACGUCAAGCAUAUUCUGGAGAAGGCCGAAGACCAGGAGGCUAAAGAGUGUGAACCGCCCCGUGGUAUCUUAAGGGAAAUUGCCGACCAUCUCAAGAAGGAUGCGGAAAAGUUGACUGAGGACGCAAAGGACAAGGCGCGCACAACCAGCGUCCUGCAAAUUGCAGCGACCCUCGUCAAGCAUGGCAAGGGGGAUUCGGAAGCAAUGGAAGCAAAGCCCCGCAAUCGUGCAGCCGAUGCGCUUGAGGCUCUUGCAGCCAACGUCAAGAAAGGGACACGGAAGGGCAACCCCAAAGAGACAGGGAGUCUCCAACGGACUGCGAGGGUCCUUGCGCUUGCCGCUAGUCAAGUCAAGGAGGAGAAAGAAAUGUCGGAGGUGGAAGUGGCUAAGGCACGCAAAGAAGCUGCUAACGCAUACUCUGCUAUUGCUAGCAACGUCAAGAAGGAGUCCGAGAAGCAGAAGGCCGACGAUGCUGAAGGCCGAGAACGCGCUACGAGCGUGCUUGAAGUUGCUGCUGACACUGCCAAGAAGGAAGCGAAGCAAGUAAAAGCGGAGGAUACUGAAGCCAAGGACUGUGCCGCAGGCGUUCUGGCUCUUGUCGCCAGUCACAUCAAGCAAGGUCAAGCGAAGGCUGCGCAGGAAGAAGGCGACAGGCGUGAGCGGACCGCUAAAUUCCUGGCAGCAGCUGCAGCGAGAGUCGAAGAGGAGCAAGAAAAAGCUUCUCGCGAAGCACACAAGAAGUCCGAGCGGGAAGCCAAAGCAAAGCGCGAUGCAGAGACGUUUGCCGCAAAGGUGUGUUCGAUUGACUGAGCCGGUCGGAAUGGUUCUUGCUGACAUCACGAUGCGGUCGCAGGAGGAAAAGCGGAAGAAGAAAGAGCAGGAGAUGGCCGCAAAUGCGGCAGCCAAGGCUGCAAAGGCCGUACAGAAGGCUCGUGCGAAAGUGGCGA